UAUCAGGAACAAUUCCAGACCCGGGGAAUAUAAAGGCAAAUGACACAACCAUGUUAGAUGUGCCAGUGAAAGUUCCUCACAGUGUGUUGGUGAGCUUGGCUAAGGAUAUUGGUAAAGAUUGGGACAUUGACUAUACACUUGAAUUGGGUCUCACCAUUGACCUUCCUGUCAUUGGAAAUUUCACCAUUCCACUCUCUCAUAGUGGUGAGAUCAAGCUUCCAUCAAUCUCUGACUUAUGGAAGGGUGACAAUGAAGAAGAAGAGACUGAAAAAGAGACCUGAAGUAGCAUAGGGUGCUCUAAUAAUUAAUAGUACUGUAGUUUCAUCAUGUGUGCUUUUUCACUACAAAUGUUACAUAAAGUUUGUAGCUAAGUUUGUUUCAGAAUCCAAAGCAUUACUGGACUUUUGUUUGAUUUUCCAA